AUGAUUUUCGAAGACGAAAGCAGUGAGGACACGUCCAGCCUGCCAUACAUGCACUCGGCCUCAUCCACGGACGAGCUUAACCAGGUCCCUUUCAGUGUUGAAGAUCCAGAUUACCAGGGGCCUGAGCUAGAAAUGAUGUCGCCAUGUGAGAAGCACAACAAGGCAUCUGAGAGGUUUGUCGCAUUUGAAGGAACAUGCAUAGGGAGAAGGUUCUUAGCAUGUGCAGAGCCGUGGCAUUGUUCUUGCUAUCAUGUGAAAUAUUCAGUUUGGGACUUCUACAGGUUUUAUGUUGCUGUUGUGGCAUUUUUAUGUAGUUGA